AUUUUACAUUAUUCAACUGCAAAUGAGGAGUAUCCCUCACCCUGCACCCCACACGGUGUCACUGUACUAGCAAUGUCGUCAGCACAUGACACACACUCUUGAUCAAGACCUUCAGGGCAGUUUCAUCCACAUUGUAGCUGACACUACUCAGCUGCAGACAUGAACAACCAAGGCGUGACUUAUGCGGAACUCCAUCAUGCUAAGGGCUCAAAAAGACAGCAAGUGCAACCUAAGGGCACGAAAAGUUCCAUUUCAGUAACUGAGGAGGAGAUAACCUAUGCAGAAUUGAAUCUUCAAAAUGCUUCUCGGGACCUUCAAGGGAAUGGCAAGAACUCUCCCUGCAAAGAGAAGCUCAUUGCUGGUAUCUUGGGAAUCCUCUGCCUCAUCUUGAUGUCCACUGUGGUAACAAUAGCUGUUAUUCCCUCUACUGAAGGACCAGAGCAGAACAAAACAUCCCUGGAAACAAUGAUCCAGAAAGCGUGUCUCUGUUGUCAUUGUCCGAAAGAGUGGUUUACGUAUUCCAACAAUUGCUAUUACAUUAGCACUGAGGGAAAAUCGUGGAAUGAGAGUUUGACGACCUGUGCUUCUAAGAACUCUAACCUGCUCUACUAUGAUGAUGAAGAGGACAAGUUUUUGUUGAAUUUACUCUCUAUUACACCAUGGAUUAGAGGCUCCCAGAGAAGCAAUCAUAGUUCAUCUGUGCAGCCAAAAGCCUUAACAUUUUCUUCCGAAGUGUUGUCAGUAUCUUCAGAGAAUGACAAGAAUUGUCAAUAUAUCGAUUUUCGUACAAAAAAAUUUUCUUUUGAACCAUGCUCAGUAAGAAGACGAUAUGUUUGUAAGCACCAGGCAUUUUAGUUACCUCAUUUUGGUAGAAUGCUGUUUCACCAUUGAUAAGGAAUCCAUCACUCAUUACUUCAACAGCCAUACAAUUGUUUUCGUUGCACAUUUUGAAGAUAAUGUAUUUUAGUGUAAUUUUAGAUUCACAACAAAACUAAGAGGAAGUUGCAGAGAACCCUCUAUUGCCCCUGUCUGCACACGUGCAUGGGGUCUUCCAUUAUCACCAUCAUUCACUAGAACGUUUCAUUUUUUAUCAACGAUGAAUCUGUAUCAAUGGAUAUAUAUCACCCAAAGUCCAACGUGUACCCGAGGCUUCAUUCUUUGUGGUAUAGAACUGUUUCUCAAAUUUAAUUAUAUUAACGUAAAAAAUAUAUACUGAGGUAUAUAUUAUUUGUUUCUUAUGCUUUUGCUAUUUAGUAACAUUAAUUAUAUGUAUAUGUCUGCCUAUAUAUAUAUAUAUAUAUAUAUUACAAAUCAUGAUAUUAUUGUAAAAAUUCUCAACAAAGUGAAUAAUUCCAUUUGUAUUUCCAAGUAAUUAAUUUGUCUUAACCCUUAAAGGACCUCAAAUGAGGAUUGAACCACCCAGGGUGAUGAGGUUAUCAGUGAGAAAUGAGUCAGGAGACAGAAACAAGGGGACACUUGAAGUAAACAUUUAUCUACUUAUAAGAGAAAGCUUACUAAAAGGAAAGGAUACUCGUUAAAGAAAAUUACAAAGAAUAUCCUAGAAUUAAAGGA